AUGACACUCUUCUCUGCCCUUCCGGGACCAUUAAGGCAGCUGUACAAUCAGACACUCACAAAACAUUACGGAGUACAACCAACUCCCACUAUGUUAUCCAUGAUGUCCACAAUUGCGUUGGCAAGUUUGGGUCUCGGAAUCCUAUUCGGUAUUUUCUUGGGUGUACCUCUCAUUGAUACUCGUGGUAGAAAAACCGUUGCUGUUCAUAUUCGAUGUAUUCUCGGAUUAAUGUCGUGUGCAUUGCAAGCGCUCUCGGGUUGGCUUGAAAGCGCCGAGUUGUUCAUUUUGGGGCAACUCAUACUAGGGGUUUUGAUUCCCAUCGAUAUGGUAGUUAUCCCUAUAUUUGUUGUUGAAUGUGCACCAAACAAUCAUAGAGGAUUUGCUUCUGUUGCUCUUCAAGUGGGACAUAUGCUUGCUGUUUUAAUGGUGUAUUGGAUGUGUCUACCAUCUAUUUUGGGUACUUACCGAACAUGGGCUUUCAUACCAACAUUUGGAAUAGUGCUCUGCUUACUACUCUAUGCCACAACCAUCGGUAUUUAUGACUCGCCAAAGUGGCUAAUCGCUCGUGGCAAAAAAACUGAAGCUAUGAAAGCACUGCGAUUUUACCAGGGACUUCAUGAAAGCCAAGAAAGGGUGAUGGGAUUGCUCUGCCUUGAGUCCUGCUUGACUACCGCAAAGAGUAUGAAUAUAAAGACUGUGUGGAAGGACAUCUAUGCUAGAGAGGCAAUAAAAGUUAUUAUCGCCGUCCAAAUCAUGUUCACAUUUUCGCCAAUCACAAUAGAAAGAGGAUACUCGGUCAUUACACAUACAUCAUUGGGACUAACGGUGGAACAGUCCCUAAAGCUAAGCUGGCUGAGCACUCUCCUCUUAUCUCCUCUCAUUUUUCUGAGCACUUUUGCACUUGAUAAGCUUGGUCGUCGCCCAGUCGUAUUUAUUGCAGCUUCAAUACUGUUUUCCAAAACCCUCUUAAUGUUCGCUGCUCAACUGUUAGUUUUUUCCAUAUCAACUUCGCGGAUUACACGUUUAAUUGCGGUCGUCAACGAGUUCGCUACAGACUUUGUAUUCUCCACAGGAGCAGGAGCUGUGGCCUCACUACUUGUGGCUGAGUUGGUACCACCAGCCGCAAGAGUUGCAACAGCACAGAUAUUACUAUUCGUUUCUUUGCUAUCAUCAGUACCGAUAGCAACACCUUUUCCGAUUAUAAAUGCAAUAUUUGCUCCAGCUACAUAUGCACCCAUGCUGAUAUGCCAACCAUUCAUUUUUGCUUAUCUUGUAAGAAAUCUACCCGAGACAAAAUUGCUAUCAGUGUUUCAUAUUGUACGUACCUUUGAGGAAGAGGUCCGAUCAAGGGUUAACAAAUACCCUUUUAUCGGAGCAGACACCACUCUUGAAGUCGCGUUCCGGGAGCAAUUGUUCACUGCUCUAGAUACUCCACUACGACAGGAUUUUAGACUCGUAUAUAAAGUCCCUUUGUGA